UUCAAGUGUGAUGUCGUGUGAAACGGUCACCGAUUGUUGUUAAUCUACAAACAGGAUGAGAAAGCACGUUAGUUAACAACAACUAGAAAACAUGGAGAAUUUAGAACGAAGAAAAAUUGUCAAGAGUGUUACUAAUAUUUUUGCUGUCACUGCGUUGGUCGAUUUUUGCUUCAGCUUUCCAAUGAUAGUUUAUUUAAUUCGAACAAAACAAUUCACUGACACAUCAGCUCUGAUUGGCUGCAUGCAGAUCAUGUGUUUACUUUUUCUAUCAGUAAUAUCUGCAUUUCUUAUACUGAAAUCCAAAAACCAAUACCACGAGAGAAUCGAUGCCAUAGGAGCAUGGGUGAUUGUACAUGUCGUCAAUAUUAUUGGCAAUGUCAGCAUAAUAACAUUUCAAGUAAGACCAAAUCCUUCGAUUAUUCUUGAAACAUCCCUACCCAUAACUUUGUUCAUAUGUUGGAAAGGUUUGUUUGUUUUGAUUGAAAUCAUCGCAACUCUGACUUCAUUUUACAUAUCACACAAACCAGUCACUUACCAUCAACAAAGAGAAACUAUUCUGCACCGUCAUAACCGAUCAAACGAAACAGCAACAGAAAACAAUAGAGAACAGAACAAUACUACUUUAAACCAAUCAAAUUUUAAUAGCCAUGAAAAUAGACCAAUCGGUGUGACAUGUAACGGAUCAAAUCUUGGGCAAAUGAAUCAUGGUUAUGGUUCCUAUCCUUCUCUUUCUCAAGAAACUGAUGCUAGACACGCACGAAAUUGUCGUUACGAACCGCAAUUAUCGCCUAACGCAACUAAUCAUUCUUCUCUCGAUAACACGAGGCACGCAAAUAGAAAGCGAUAUUCAUACCCAUCUUACAUGUUUCCAACUGAACACGCAAUAACACGCAUGUUAGAAUCAAAUAACAGACACGACGCACAGGUCCAUCCAUUUGGGACUGAAAAUGGUUCAUUACCUUCCAAAUCCACAAACUUUUAACAUAAAGAUCAGGAACAUGCUUGACUGAAGUUGAAGAUGAAGUUAUCAAGCGAAACCCACAACAAAAGAUUCUGGGAAUACGGUAACAGAAAUGGGAGAGAAAUUACUUAAAAUAUAUGAUGCAAGUGAUAGCACUUCUACAAUAACUUGUGCUGAUAAACAUAAAAAAAUGCAACAUAAAAACUGUAUUCAGUUGAUGACGUCACGUUUUUCAGCUACAUAGUUUUAAUAACAGAAUAAUAUUUGUUUAAUUGUUAGUUGUUUUAGUAGAAAUUACUCAAUGAAUAUUUAGUCAAAGCAGGCCAGUCUUCUUAACUAAAAAAAUAUUUAAGCUAAACUCAAAGAAAGUUUUACCUCUCCGUUGUUAAUGGACUUUACGAUUUGAGGGGAAAAGGAUUCUUUGAGACUGCAAACGUCCCGCAAACUUCGUGUCGGUGAUGUGAUGGCAUGCAGAUAGAAUCUACUGACUUUUAACAAAUAUUGAGAGUUUUCGUGACGUGAGUGCAUAGAUAAAUCAAAGCAUAAUAAAGUUUUUUAAUCAAUAAAAAGUCAAACUGAGACAAGGUACUAUUUCAAGUAUCACUUACAAAAAACAAACACAGUGUUAUUUUUAAGAUAAACAUAUAGAAUGAAAGUGAUGAAAGAGCUAUAUCAAUCCAAUAAAUUUUGACAAUAGUUGUAACAAAUACGUUUCAAUGCAGGUCGUUUUAGACUUCUCCAGCAAAGAAAAAUGGAGUCCAUUCAGACACUAAAAAAACCUUCACGCAUAUUUCUUUUAAUUUGUAGAAUUAGUGAUGUAUACAUAAAACCUUUCUUCCAACUUCAGAAAGGCGAUUAGGCAACUUUCGGAACAUAUUUUUUAGUUUUACUCUA